AUGGCAAAAGAAAACGACUCAAAGCUGCCAAAUGGAGGCAACGAACAAGCCACACAGCGACUCAACCAAGUCUCCGCACACCUCGCGGAACCAUCAAAGAAGCAAUCGCGCCUACCAGCUGACCACUCCGAUGUCCUCGGCCAAAUCGCCACCCUCAAAGGUAUAGCCGCAAAUCCCGACCCCAAUCAUCGAGGCUAUGUGCGGCAAAAGCAAGCUGGAAAGCUUUGGGUGCGCGAGCGCAUCGACCAGCUCCUGGACCCAGGCUCCUUCACGGAGAUUGGAUCCGUGUCUGGAACUGUCACCUGGAAGAAGACCGCACCGAUGCGCGAGGAGCCUGUCUCGUUCGUGCCGAGCAAUAAUGUCCAGGGCGCGGGCUUGUUGCGCGGCAGGAAGGUGUUGCUUACGGCGGAUGACUUCAGUAUUCGGUCUGGACAUGCGGAUGGGGCGAGUGCGGGUAAGACGGUUUAUGUGGAGAAGUUGGCAAUUGCGUUGAGGGUGCCGGUGGUGAAGCUGGUUGAUGGGAGUUCUGGGGGUGGGAGUGUGACGACUAUCAAGAAGGAAGGGUGGAGUUAUUUGCCUCAUGUUGCGCCUUUUAAGCCGGUGAUCCAGCAGUUGAAUAUGGGGAUUCCGAAUUUGGGUGCUGUUGUUGGUCCUGCGAUCGGCCUUGGCGCAGCUCGAGUCGUCUCCUGCCAUUUCUCGGUGAUGGCAGCGGAUAUCGGAGCAUUGUUCAAUGCCGGACCGAAGGUGGUCGAGGGCGCGACCUUUGAAGAAGGUCUGGACUUUCAGGAUCUGGGCGGUCCGAUGGUCCAUUGCACAAAUGGCACGAUUGACAAUCUGGCUGCCAAUGAAGCCGAAUGUUUUGAGCAGAUUCGCACAGUCUUGGGGUAUCUGCCCAAUUCUGGCAGUGAGGCUCCUCCCAUUGUGCGGUGUGAUGAUCCGGUUGAUCGCGAGGAUAUCGCGCUCCGCAGUAUCAUUCCUCGUCGACAGGCGCGUAUGUAUAAUCCCCGCACCAUUAUCACUUCGGUUGUGGACCGGGAUUCCUGGUUUGAGAUCGGUUCUCUCUGGGGGAGGACAGCGAUUGGGGGUCUUGCACGUUUGGGAGGUCAUCCUGUUGGGGUGGUAUCGUUGAACUGCGAGGUGAAUGGCGGUGCACUCGAUGCUGCUGGAAGUCAGAAGCUCACGCGACUGCUGAAAAUGUGCGAUGUGAUGAAUAUUCCGAUUCUGCAAUUCCUCGACGUCCCUGGAUAUGCCAUCGGCACAGUCGCCGAACGAACCGCAACCAUGCGCUGGGGAGUCGAACUAGCCAAGACAUACUACACGACCACAGUCCCAAUCUUCAACGUGGUGACUCGGCGUGUCUUCGGCGUCGCAGGCGGAGUGAUGCUCGGUUCCCGCGACCCAGUCAUGCAAGUUGCGUGGCCAUCCGGCCAAUGGGGCUCAUUACCUCUGGACGGUGGGAUUGAGGUAGGACACCGGCAUGAGCUGCGCGAGGCUGAGAAGAUCGGGAAGAAGGAGGAGCGGUAUCGGGAUUUGGAAGAGGAGUAUUUGCGCUUGAUGAAUCCUGUGCGGACGGCGAAUGCUUUUGGCGUGGAGGAGAUUAUUGACCCGAAGGAUACGAGGAGGGUUUGUUGUGAGUGGGCGGGACAUAUUUAUGAGGUGCUUAUGAGAGAGAGGUUGUCUGGUCGGGCGAGUGGGAGGAUUCAUCCCUCUUUUGCUUGA